CAACAAUCAACAUUAUGCUGUAACGUCUUGAUAAUAGGUGGUGGUUUGGCUGGGCUUUCCGCUGCUCAUCAUUUUAACUCGGUGGGAAUGAGUGAUUUCCUUAUUGUCGAAGCUGACUCUCGUUUGGGUGGGCGUAUCUAUUCUGAUACCCAAAGUGGUAUUGAAAUUGGUGCUGAAUUUAUUCAUGGUCAAGGAAGCAUGGCUCAUGAUAUUCUUACCAAGUUGAAAGUACCACUCGAUCACGUUUUUGAUUUUUCAAAGACUAAUCCAAAGGAACAUGGUGCCAUGUAUUUCAUUGAUGGAAAACUUCAUUCGAUUGAUUCACCUAUUGCUAAGGAAAUGCUUGGUAUUAUUGAUGAAUUGAUGGAAGAUAAGGAAUUAAAAACAAGCCCAGAUAUGUCAAUUAAGGAAUGGUUAGUCAAGAGAAAGAUUCCAGAAAAGUAUCACGUUUUUAUUGAUUCACUCCUCGCCAAAACAAAUGGUGGGUGCAUUAAUACAGUUAGUGCUAAGGGUAUACAAGAAGAAGGAAACAAGUGGCCAUAUGGUUCAGGAAACUUCCAGCUUAAUGGUGACCACUAUAUGGAACCAUCCUUGAUGAAAUAUUUAUUGAAUAAUUUAUCACUUAAGGAUCAGGUUAAACUUGAUUAUGUUGUCCGUAAAAUUGAUUAUACAUGCAAAUCGGGAAUGAUUAAGAUCAAUGAUGGUGAAAUUUUGUGUAAUAAGGUCAUUUGUACCGUCCCUAUCACUGCAUUGAAGAAUCAAACUGUUGUUUUUAAUCCACCAUUGUCACCAAUUAAGAAGCACAUUAUUCAAAACAUGUUACCAAUGCAAAGUGGUAUGAAAGUUGUUUUGAGAUUUAAGAAACCAUUCUGGAGAACAAUGAUUCCAGAUACUAAUAUUAUCAUCCUUGGUGAUGAAAAUCCAUUUGUUGCUCAACUCUGGUUCCCACAUACAACUCAACAAAAGCACGAUCAAUAUGGUUACUACAUGACUGGUUUCAGUAUGGGUAAUAAGACUGAUCAUGGUCUUUUUUACACAGAAGAAGAAAUUGCUCAAAGUAUGAGAAAGAUGGUUCACAAAGUUUUUGGUUUGAAUGAAUCUAAUGACGGUUUCAUUGGAGGUAUUGUCAAGAAUUGGCAAUCAUUCCAAUACGUUGCUGGUUCAUAUGCCUAUUGUGGUGUUACUGAUGCCUCCAGAAAGAACUUUGUUGAAAAUUGUAGACAAGUUUUGGGUGAACCAAUUGAAAAUAGAAUCUACUUUGCAGGUGAAAUUUAUGCUGACUAUUCUCCAGCCACAAUUCAUGGUUCUAUGGAAACAGGUGAUGCUGUUGCCAAGUCCAUCAUGAGCAGAGGAUCCAAGUUAUAAACAAUUUAUUGAACU